AUGCGACCUUGGAUUGUUGUUGCAUAUUCAGCUCCUGUUGCAGUUGCGAUUGCUGUUUUCUUAAUCUACCCAAUUAGUCAAGGAAGCUUUUCUGAUGGCGUAGCCGGUGUAUUCGACGGCUUCCUAUUUAGUGUUAUGCAUGGUUCUUUGGUAACCUCUAGUUUAAUCAGGGAAUCCACAAAAAAUGAAUCUGCUAAUGAAGGUUACAAAUUCAGUCAAGAAGGAGAAACUUAUAAUAUCGUAGCCUCCCAUGGUUAUUUUGGCCAAUUGAUCUUCCAAUAUGCUAGUUUCAACAACUCUCGUUCUUUACAUUUAUUCCUAGCUGCUUGGCCUGUAGUAGGUAUCUGGGUCACUGCUUUAGGUAUCAACACUAUGGCUUUCAACCUAAAUGGUUUCGAUUUCAACCAAUCGGUACUUGAUAGUCAAGGUCGUGUAAUUAAUACUUGGGCUGAUAUCAUUAACCGUGCUAACCUUGGUAUGAAAGUUAUUGUGAUAACUCAAACUAAAAAAAUUGUAUAA